GGGGGGGGGGGGGGAGCGGGGCGUAGCGCCGGGCUCGCCGCCAUGCCCAAGUACUACGAGGAUAAGGAGGAGGACGGGCGCGCCUGCAGCGGCGUGAGGGAGGACCUGCGGCAGUGCCUGCUGGAGAGCCCCUGCGUCCUGCAGGAAAACAAAAGCCCUAAACAAUGCUUGCGGGAAGGACACUGUAGGAGUUUGCAAGUGACAUUCUUUGCAUGCAAAAGAUCAAUGUUGGAUAACAGGGCAAGAUUCAGAGGAAGGAAGGGAUACUGAAGUCAUUGUCAAGAGACCUAGCCACGGGAAUUUGAGGUUCAUCAGCACUCUGCACAAGACAGAGACUAAAGUAAGAAGAUGGUACCUGCUGCAUCCUUUCAUGCAGUGUUUCUGUGAAGGUAUCUACUCAUGAGUAUUCCAACAGAUUGACCUGGAUGUGCAUUUAAAUAUUAAAAAGAAGGCAAGCAUAAAGCUGCAAGUUCUGGCCAAAAUGGGUACCUGUCAUAUACUUGCAAUAAAAAUGUGAAAUCCAGA